UAAAAAGACAGCUUGACUCUACGCCGUGGCAUGAACGCACGCAUCUUUACAAUCCCGAUCAAGGAUGCCGCGGUUUGAGAGUCCGAUCAAGACGCAUUCAUUGGUCUGAAGCGUGCAGAAGAGCCGGCACUUGACAUUUAUGCAGCGAGCUGCGUCGAGCGGCUGCAGCUUCCGGACGCAGCAAGAAACGGGAGACUGAAUUGCCCAGCAUGGGAUGGCGUUCAAGGUCUUGGCCAACCGCGUUGAGCCGGAGCGUUGUUCCGCAGAGCAGAUUCGUGAUCGAAUUGAUUGGUGAAUGACGACUAGACAGACGUCUGGAAGUCGUAUAAGGGUAUCAUCAAGGGAAGAUGCCCCCUUCAUCUUCCUCCCUUCACCCACAUCCUUCCAUCUCUGCAUACUUGACCGACCGACACUCUCCUUUGAGGAGCGAAGCGGAUCGUGCGCAUCCAUCCAUCGAUCUAGCAAAUACACUCUCCAAGUAGGCAAGCGUCAAUCAUGCUGCACGCUGUUGUGCCCAUUGGCGGCGCGGCCUUUGUCCACCCGUCCAUAUCUUCUCCAACCAGCGCAUCAGACUGUUUCACCUCACCCACCAGUCGAUUUUCCUCCUCCUCCUCCUCCUCUUCGCACGAUGGUUGGGGCAAUGAUCAAGCGCUUCGAACACCAGAGCAAGAACGAGAAGCGAAGGUAUAUGCAGCGUCCGUCUUGGCUCACACGCGCGCAAUGUGGCAAGCAGAGAGGGACAACAUCGAAAGAGCAAAGUUGGAUCGCGCCAGCAGAUCUCCUCCCACUGGUGGUUUGAGCAGCAGCCCUUUGGCCAAGAUUUCUCCACUGCCAGCUGCCUCGGCGGCUCCGCAAAUCAAACCUCCCGCACCUGCUGCCACAUCUAGACACGCCAGGGCCAAGAGCGAGGGCGCGGGGAUGGGACUCUUUAGAGGUUUCACCACUGGACGUUCGAGACGCAACCAAAGAGCUUGAUCUUGACCAUACCUUCAACUCGAGCCUCGCACCCACGCCAACUUUGAUUCUUCUUGUUUUUUUUUUGGGGAAUUGGCACCCUCACAUGUCCAAGUCGAAUCGUUCCAGAUCUCUCCACACAUUUGUAACUGUAACCUCUACCAUCGUCAUUAGCGUCAUUCCGCUCCUUCUCUCUUACUGUACCCUUGGUUUCAAUACAGACAGACUAGAACCACCCGAGAACCGCGCUCCCGAGCUGAAGCAUCCAUCCCAUGAUCAGCCAGCCAGUCAAGAGUGCGAUGCUGUAUAAAUUCCAGCCACAAACGAAGCUGUCCCCGUCGCAACUCUUUGAGUGUGCACAUAGUCC